AUGGUGGCAGUGGGGACGGUGACGCUGGUGGCACUGGUGGUGACAGUGAUGGUGGCAGUGGGGACAGCGGCAAUAGUGGUGACAGUGGCGAUGGUGGCAGUGGGGACAGUGGUGGCAGUGACAAUGGUGGCUGUGGUGAUGGCGGUGGCACUGGUGAGAGCUGUGGUGGUGGUGACAGUGAUGAUGGGGAGUGACACCAGUGGAACUGGUGACCCCAGUGGCACCAGUGACACCAGUGACCCUGAUGGCACCAGUGGAACCAGUGACACCAGUGACCCCAAUAGCACCAGUGGCACCAGUGGUACCAGUGACACCAGUGACACCAGUCACCCUGAUGGCACCAGUGACACCAGUGACCCCAAUAGCACCAGUGGCACCAGUGGUAGCAGUGACACCAGUGACACCAGUCACCCUGAUGGCACCAGUGACACCAGUGGUAGCAGUGACACCAGUGACACCAGUCACCCUGAUGGCACCAGUGGCACCAGUGGUAGCAGUGACACCAGUGACACCAGUCACCCUGAUGGCACCAGUGACACCAGUGACCCCAAUAGCACCAGUGGAACCAGUGGUAGCAAGUGA